AUGUCGUACGAUCUGAAAAUGGCCGAAUCUCCGGCCUACGCCCCAUUCUUUGGUUACAUGGGAGCUGCUUCGGCACAGAUCUUCACCGUACUUGGAGCUGCAUACGGUACUGCUAAAUCCGCUGUCGGUAUCUGCUCGAUGGGUGUUAUGCGACCGGAGCUCAUCAUGAAAUCUGUGAUCCCUGUUAUUAUGGCUGGUAUCAUCGGUAUCUAUGGACUUGUGGUGGCUAUGGUUCUGAAAGGCAAAGUGACACCAGCCAGUGAAGGCUACAAUCUAAACAAAGGUUUUGCCCAUCUUGCUGCUGGGCUCACUUGCGGUCUUUGCGGUCUGGGAGCCGGAUAUGCGAUUGGAAUCGUCGGUGAUGCUGGUGUACGUGGUACUGCUCAACAGCCUCGCCUAUUCGUCGGAAUGAUUCUGAUCCUGAUUUUCUCUGAAGUACUUGGACUCUACGGGAUGAUCGUCGCUCUCAUUCUUGGAACAUCAUAA